GCUGCGUUCCCGGGCCAGCCGCCGCCUCGCUUUGCCCUGCAGCCGGAGAAAGGCCGCUCGGCAGCUUCCAUGCGCGCCCGGCCCGGAUCCGAGGCGGCAGCUACUUUUGGGAAGGGAGGAAGGAUCCAGAAGAGUGAGAGAACCUUCUACCACACCAGGUACUUUCAGCUCAGUGAUACGAGACUCCAAUGUGAUGGCUCUUAGGAAAGAAUCUGUUGGACUGCGGAGUUGUUGGGACUAAAGACCUUGGAUUUACUCACCAAUCUUCUAAUCUAAACGGCACACGGAGAAUUGUGUCCCAGGCACCUCUUAACUACCGUUAAUAGUGAUGACUGGGAAGAUGGCAUCUAGUCUUACUUGUACAGGAGUGAUAUGGGCAUUUUUUUCCUUCCUCUGUGCCGGUGUUUCCUGUGUGGGGUUCUUCAUGCCCUACUGGCUGCUGGGAUCUCAGCUGGAGAAGUCAGUGUCAUUCGGCACUUUCCGUAGGUGCUCCUAUCCUGUACGAGACGAGAGCCGCCAGGUUACUGUGAUGGUGGAACAAUGUGGACGUUACGCGUCUUUCCAGGCCAUUCCAAGUGUGGAGUGGAGGAUCUGCACUGUGGUGACCGGGCUGGGCUGUGGUCUUCUCCUUCUGGUGGCCCUUACUGCACUCAUGGGAUGCUGUGUGUCGGAGCUCAUCUCCAGGGCUGUAGGCAGGGUCGCUGGAGGCAUCCAAUUCUUGGGUGGCUUGCUAAUUGGUUCUGGUUGUGCUCUUUAUCCUCUGGGCUGGGACAGUGAAGAAGUCAAGCAGACCUGUGGUAACCUUUCCAACCAGUUUGAAUUGGGCACUUGUGAAAUUGGCUGGGCUUAUUACUGCACUGGAGGAGGCGCUGCUGCUGCGAUGCUGAUCUGCACUUGGCUGGCCUGUUUUUCUGGAAAGAAACAGAAACAGUACCCUUAUUGAGGCAAGAGAGAUCCAGAGGUGAAGCGAAUCAGUUUAAGGGAGGGGGAAGAAAAAAGAAAGGAAAGAAAUGAGUAUGCUAACCUCUCUUGGAAAGGAGCAUUAGUUCCUCCUUGGAGCAGGACCCAUACAAAAUGAUGUUGGAAUUGAUGUGUGACGCUGUGAAUGGUGACAGAGGUCUCUCCGUAUCUUAAUUGCAUAAAUCAAGUUACUUGCAAAGCGCGGAAUCUGAACAGAUUAUUCCUAGCAGAUUCCAGUAGAGCAGAACUACAAGACGUACUCCCUGUCUGGAAAAAAAAUAAGCCUUGCGAUUUUUUUUAGCGGAUUAUCAGUUUAAAAGGGUUACAAAAAAUACCACGUUGGUGGACAAAGAUGUCGCCUUAUAAAAGGUUGUUUUGCAGCUCUGCAAGUUGGGGAUCAAGGCAGCGUUUCUUAGCCGUGGUUAUUCAUCUGGAUGUAUGCACUGAUUUUCUUGGAGAGAUGAGCCAGAUCAAUUUGCAGCUGGAGCAGUGGCUGCAUGCAGCUGGAGGGCACCUAUUUUUAGGCCUUCAAGCAUUAGCCUUUUAAAGGUUCCCCAGCCUGGUGCGUUGGCCCAAUUUGGAGGUGAAAGAUAAUAUGAAAGAGAGAGGAAAAAAACUCCCUUAUUACGAGACUCCUAAAAAGCACACUUGCGUAUCUUUGCACAGAGACGUUUCCUUCACAUGUCCCCCCCCCCACCCCACCCCCAUGUAACAGCCUUGCAGACAAGUAUAAAAAUUGUCUGGCUUAUAAACAAUUUGUCUAGUCUUCGACUAGCUUGCCACUGUGCAGCUUCAGUGCUAACCAACUAAAGCUCACCCCAGAAGGCAUUGUUCCUCAGGCACAAGGGUCAAGGCUGAAAGAGUCUUUUCAUCCUCCGUUUAGAAGCACAGAAAUCCACACAACAGUCUUCCAUUCACAUCUGCACACACCAACUUGCUCCUCUAUUAACACAAAACAUACAGGGUCAGCAUUAUGCACCAAUUCACGUAAUAGUAGCGCCCAACUGUUUUGUUUUGCACAAGAAACCACUUUGGGAAGAGGCCUUUGGGAGCAGAGAAAGAGAAGGCAAGGAAUACAGUUGAGCACUCCCUCCCAAUCAGUCCUUCCUGAACUUCUGGAGGGCUCGAGCUACUAUUCCACACAUUUAUGUGAAAUGUGGUUUGGCCCACAUUUUCUUUGCAGUUUCUUAACAUGUAUGACAUGGGCGUCUUCACUCAGACAUGAAUACAUCUCUCCCCCCACCCCCCGCCAUACACAGACCAAUCCCCUUCAAAAUACGUUUUCUCUCUUCACCCAAAUGCAGCACCUUUUCUAGGAACAGUAUGUAAAUUUCUCCCUAUCCCUUUUGUAUGUGUUUCCCUCCCUUCAUACUCCCCACUCUGCUUAUUCUCCAUCCCUUGCAAACGUUCCCUCUUCAGUCUUUAUAUUCUCUCCAGAGAGAAGAGACAAAGGGCCAAAACACACAUUACAGCAGUUGUGGGUUUGACCCAUGGCUGCCAACACCAUUUUAGAAAAAAAUUUAGCUAUGUAAAAAUUGCUGCAAGAGCCUUGUCCUGAGUGGGCCUGCAGCACCAUGCAAUCUUGUCUCUCCCGCCCCCCAUACCUUUUCAAUUGCUGAAACAAUCCCCUCAAUUGUUCAGCACCUGAAAAGGUGCGCAGGGAGAUCACAUGACGCAACAAGCCCGAUCAAGAUCAGGCCCUCGCGGCUGUUUUUAAACGGCUACAUUUUCCUCUAAAACGGUAUCGGUGGUCAUCAUGGGGCAAACUCACAGCCACCGUAACGUGUAGUUUGGCUCAUCAUUCAUCUCGGCUUCCAUUGCCUUCCUUCAUACUGUGGCUUCAGACAUUCACUUGAAUCAGUAACAGAAAAAAAGUGCAUUGGUUUCUCAGCUGCCACUUCUGGCUCUCAUGUGAAGGGGAGAGGGGAUGGGAACGUCGCCCACAGGAAGUUCUCUUUUCCAAUAAACAGAUGGUUUGUCUUCUCUUUGCACAAGACCCAGAAAUGGCCACAGAGGAUGUGUGAGUCACUCCUGUUUAUUUUGUCUCUGCUGCACGUGAAUGCCUGAAGCUUAUCAUACACGCAAGCACUGUGGAACAGAGCAGUUACAAGGAAAACUCCAUGCACUUCUUUAUUUUUUAUUAUUUACUAAAAGGUUUGAAUUGCAGUAUUAAACCACAUUUUUAAAAACUAAACCUAAGGGGCCACUUUUUCAGUAUUUUGUAUAAUCUGUAUACAUGUGUGCUCAAAUUUUAUUAAUGGCCUUUUCAGACCUAUAUAAAUUUUAUUAACUUCAAUGUUUUUUCAAGAUUAUUACAAAAAAAAAUGCAAUAUCUUACUCAGCGUAUGUAGCCUUUUAGAUAAGAGUAUUCCUGUAAAGGGCAGUUCUGUCCACUGAAACUUGUAUGUGCAGUACAGUAGAACAUGACUAUUUAUGCAAGAGCAACGACAAACAUCUUCCAGUUUUUGUUACUAAUAGUUACCGUGAGGUAAUAAUUGUUGUAUUGUGCUGUAUUGUUAUUUUUAAUAUUCAUCUUUGUAAUGCAAUAUAAACCGUACUAUUGUUUGUAUUUUAGAACCUGUAUAAAUGUCUUUAUGAUA